GAUGCCCCGGGCCGGGAGAGCGGGCGCCGGGGUUCGCCCUGAGUCGCGUAGCAGACCCAGCUGCGUCCGCUGCUGCCGAGCUCAGAGCUGCGCACCGCGCCGCCGCCGCGGGUCGGGUUUCCAGCGCUGCUCCCAGGCCACCGCCCAGCCAUGAAGAUGCAUUUCUGUAUCCCGGUGUCCCAGCAGCGGUCCGACGCGCUGGGGGGCCGCUACGUGCUGUACUCCGUGUACCUGGACGGGUUCCUCUUCUGCAGGGUGCGCUACAGCCAGCUGCACGAUUGGAACGAACAGCUAAGGCGGGUCUUUGGAAAUUGCCUGCCACCCUUCCCACCAAAGUACUAUUUGGCAAUGACCACAGCUAUGGCUGAUGAGAGGAGGAACCAACUGGAACAAUAUUUGCAAAAUGUAACCAUGGACCCAAACGUGUUGAGAAGUGAUGUCUUCGUUGAGUUUUUAAAACUGGCACAGCUGAAUACAUUUGACAUCACCCCCAAGAAAGCUUAUCUGGACAUAUUUCUGCCCAAUGAAGAGAGUAUUAACAUCGAAAUUAUAACAUCAGACACUGCUGAAAGAGUCCUAGAGGUGGCAUCACACAAAAUUGGACUGUGUCGGGAGCUCUUGGGCUACUUCGGCCUCUUUCUCAUUCGGUUUGGCAAGGAGGGCAAGCUCUCUGUUGUGAAAAAAUUGGCCGACUUUGAACUCCCUUAUGCUAGUCUUGGAAGUUCUGAAGUGGAACACUGUAAGGUUGGACUCCGAAAGUGGUAUAUGGAUCCAUCCCUCGACUCCAUGCUGAUGGACUGCAGGGCGGCCUUAGAUUUGCUCUACAUGCAGGCAAUACAGGACAUUGAAAAAGAGUGGGCCAAACCCACACAGGCGCAGAGGCAGAAAUUAGAAGCUUUCCAGAAAGAAGACAAUCAAACAAAGUUUUUGGAGCUGGCCCGGGAGGUACAGCACUAUGGAUACCUGCAGCUGGAUCCUUGUACCUGUGACUACCCAGAACCAGGCUCUGGAGUUGUUCUUUCUGUCGGCAAUAACGAGAUCAGCUGCUGCAUCACCCUGCCUGACAGCCAGACCCAGGAUGUCAUUUUCCAGAUGAGCAGGGUGAAGUGCUGGCAGGUCACUUUCCUUGGAACUCUGCUGGAUAUGGAUGGGCCCCAGAGAACUUUCAACCAGAACUUAGAGCUCAGAUUUCAAUACAGUGAGGAUAGUUGCUGGCAGUGGUUUGUUAUUUACACCAAACAGGCUUUUUUGCUGAGUAGCUGCUUGAAAAAGAUGAUCUCAGAAAAGAUGGUAAAGCUAGCUGCUAAGAAUCCAGAAAUGCAGAUUGAAGUUCCGGAACAAAGCAAAAGUAAAAAAUACCACAUUCAACAAAGCCAGGUCUGUGAGUAAAAUUAUGUAAUUGAUAUAUUAUAAUUUUGAUAAAUCUGAUCUUUCUUCCUUUUUAACCAAAGUCAUCCCACUUUCAAUAAUAAGUCAGAAUUCUGUUUCUCAGAAGCUCCUCUAUGUAGAUUGGGCCAAUUGGAAGGCCAUCACAAAAAUAUAGUAUUUUUAUUGUAGCACCCCAUAGCACUACCAAGAAUUUUUACAUAGAAAAUUUCCAAGAGAAACACAGAAUUUCCUUGGUGAUUUUUUUUGUACACCCCAUGCAUUUUUUUGGAGGCAACUCUCUUUCUAGUUUGUAUAUGUUACAUAUCUAGUAUAUUUUGGCCUCAUAGGUUUUCUGCAGUAUACUCUGUAUAAAGUAACUUUUAAGUUUAUAAAAUACUUUUUUGAGCAUUUAGGUCUGCUGUGCAGAUAAUAAAAGAAAAAAAUCACAAUCAAUGGCAUUUUUGAGCACUCAUUAUUGCCAGGCAGUAUUCUAAGCACUUUUAUGUGAAUUAACACAUUCCUCACAGCCCUGUAAAUAAGUUGAGGAAAUUAGGGCACAGAGAGGUUAUGUGACUUGCCAAGGUUGCACAGCCAUCAAUGAUGGAAGGAAGCAGGCAGUCUGACCCUGGAACUGUGCCCUUAACUAACUGUGCUCUUACUAACUCUUCCUUUCUAAGUCCAAAUCCUAGUGUAGAUGAAUGAAAGAAAAGUGACUUCUAAGUAGCAUUUGAAUGGGAUUUCUUAUUGCUCCAGCACCUUCACAGAGACUGGUGUGUAUGUAAGCAUCCUUAGUGUAUAUGUACAGUAUUUAUAAAUAUGUAAGUAUAUAAAGUCCUUUCUUGAAUGAAUACAGUCAGGGAAAAAUAAACUAGCAUAAAUGCAAAGCAUUCUCCUUCAUAAUCACAGCAUUUCUGGCUGGUUGGAUAGAGAGAGGAGAUAGGAACUCUACUGCUUACCGGCUAUGUGUCGUUAGGCAGAUCCAAAACCUAACUGCACCGCACUUCCAUUUCUUUAUCUGUAAGAUGCAGAUGGUAAUCACUUCAUCAUUUUAAUGCACCCAUUUUAGCAGCAUGCCGACAGCAUGGAGCUGUGGUUCUCAACUUUGGCUGCACAUUGGAAUCACCUGGGGACCUCUAAAAACCAAUACUUGAGUCCCACCCUCAGAAAUCGGGAAUUAAUUGGUCUGAGGGGCCUGGGCAAUGGAAUUUUUAAAAGCUCCCCAAGUGGUCCUAUUAUACAACCAGACUUGGAACCAUUAUCCUAGAACACCAGUUCUCAGUGUGUGGUCCCUGGACCAACAGCAUCUGUAUCACGUGGAUCUUAUUAGAAAUUCAAAUUCUCAGGCCCCAAACCUACUGGAUCAGCAGCUCUGGGGGAAGACCGCAGCAAUCUCUUUAACACGCCCACCAGACAAACCUGAUGCAUGUUCAAGUUUGAGAGCCACUGUCCUAGAACAACAGAUAACACUCAGCACAACUGUGAUCAGUUCAGCUGUCCUCUCAGAUGAGUGGUAACUCUAAUCCAGGCCAACUACCUCAUGCUGUGACUAGGACCAGCAGGUCAGAAAGAGACCUAAUGUCCAACUAUAUUGAGUUUUAAUUUAUUUUGCAAACCCUUAUAUAGACCUUAUCCUGAGCCAUGAACUGCUAUAAUUACUUUUUAUGUAUAACUCUUUUAAUCCCAGUAAACAACCAAAGCACUGUUGUUAUCCACAUAGAGAACUGAAACACAGAAAGGUUAAGUCACUUGCUCAAGGUCACACAGUCAGUUAACAUCAGAGCCAGUAUUUGAACCCACGCAGUCUUUAUUCAUUGUUUAACAAAUAAAAUUAGUUUGUUGCUUUAACCACUCGGGAGUGAGGGCCCUCUGUCAAAACAAAUCCCUCGUAGAAAAAAAAAUUGUAGCCCACCUGCCCAUUGAGGGGCUCUGCAGCUUUUUUUCACUUUCCGCUUUCCAUAACCCUGUCUUUGAGAUUUCUUAAGUACCGAAGGCAAAUUACUCAUUAAAGAUUUGCGGUAACCCUAACCUCUAAAACGUGUUAAGUGUAAUAUAUAUAUAUAUAUUUUUAAGUGAGACAGAGUCUCACUCUCUCGCCCAGGCUGGAGUAUGGUGGUGUGAUCUCGGCUCACUGCAACCUCUGCCUCCCAGGUUCAAGCUCAGCCUCUUGAGUAGGUGGGAUUAGAGGCGCACACCACCAUGUCCGGCUAGUUUUUGUAGUUUUGGUAGAGACAGGGUUUCACCAUGUUGGCCAGGCUAGCCUUGAACUCCCGGCCUCAAGUGAUCCACCGCCUCAGCCUCCCAAAGUGCUGGGAUUACAGGAGUGAGCCACUGUGCCAGGACUCUUUUUUUUUUUUUUUUUCUUGAGACGGAGUGUCACUCUGUCACCAGGCUGGAGUGCAGUGGCACAAUCUCGGCUCACUGAAACCUCUGCCUCCAGGGUUCAAGCAAUUCCCCUGCCUCAGCCUUCUGAGUAGCUGGGACCACAGGCGCCAGCCACCACGCCUAGCUAAUUUUUUUGUAUUUUAGUAGAGACGGGGUUUCACCAUGUUGGCCAAGAUGGUCUUGAUCUCCUGACCUCGUGUUCCGCCUGCCGCCUGCCUUGGCCUCCCAAAGUGCUGGGAUUACAGGCGUGAACCACUGUGCUCGGCCGCCCAGCCUCUUUUUUAAAGUUUGUGUUUGUGUGGAAUGUGCACUAAAGAUUUUGGGCAAAGUUAAAAAUGGAAAGUUGCAUGGCUUUAAGGGGGAAAGAGGCAAGACAGGUAGAGUUAAAUGUUACCUGGGUGACAUCACAGGGCCCCAAAAGAUGCUCAGGACACAUCAAACCAGUAGGCGGCGCUCUUCUCAGCCCUAACGAGUGUUUUUACAGUCACCCCAAAAUAAAGCUUCUACAGAAUAAAACUGUUUAAAAUAACCGUUGCUUAUACAAAUAUAAUCUUUCUGUUGCCCUUUCAGUACUAUUUUAACCUCUGUGAUUUUGUUAUUGUUAUGGAAAUGAUUUCCUUUCAUUUACAUUUCUGACCUCUGUUUACUUCACAGCAGAAAGACUAUUCUAGUUUUCUAUCAAGAAAAAGCAAGAUUAAGAUAGCUAAAGAUGACUGCGUUUUUGGGAACAUAAAGGAAGAAGACCUCUGAAGAAAACUCUCAUAUUUUAAAAAUCCUUGGAGGCUAUCUUAAGACAGUGAAAGAACUUGGGGAUUCAGGUGGGCUACCUACCAUCAAUGGAGGAAAUUUGACCUCUUCCCAUUGUUUUGGCAUUAAGAUAGACUGUAUUCAUCAAGAUAUUAUACCACAGCACUCUAUGGAAAUCUCAAGAUUAGAAAAAAAGGAACCAUGUUAUAGAGUUAGUUUUUAUUUUAUUUUUGCACUUCGUCAUGACCGUAUAGAGUUUGUUUUUAAUGUCUCAUAAAUGACAAGUGGCAAAUUCAAAUCAACUCAUAUGAAGCUCAUUCUAUUUUUUCUCUAAAAUACAUGUUUAUGUGGCUUCAUGAAGUCUUUUAGGUGUUCUGGAUUUACAUAAAUGAAAGUCUCAUAAAAUAUCAUAAAUGUAUUUUGGGUCAAUUUCUAAAGAUGUGACUCUUCAAUGGAGGAAAAUAUGGCUCUAAGAAGUGGAAUCACUGAAAAAGAAACCUGGGUUUCUCUGAUCUAUCCACACAGAUUUAGAGCAAGGAGGUGAUGAAAUACUGAUUUGUUUCCUCACAGCAGUCUGAGCCUACCAAUAUGGAUGUAGUCAAAGUAAAAGGCUACCCCGUUCUCUGCUUGACCAUUGUUAUGAUUGUAUUCUGUCCUUAGAGUACUGAAAGCAGUUCGAUAAUCAACAUGCUAUUUGGAAUGUUUUAAUUUGGAAAGCAGUAAGGCCCUGCACCUGAUAUCAGAUACCUUAUAAGUCUCUUAGCUUUAAAACUAUGUAUACUUUCUCACAAGGUUUUUCCUUAUCUAGCUUCAUUUCUCUCAUGGUAAUUAAUGUAAUUAUGUAUAGAAUUAAGACCACAAUAAAGGAGAUGAUCAGAGGAAUCUGUAUAGUGUAAUUAGAAAAAGUGCAAUAUUCUAAUGUUCUAACUGGGGUGUACACCUAAUUAUAUAAUAAAUACAAAAUAAUUCUAGUGAAUAUAAAA